AUGUGGGGUAAAGCUAGAAAUCUUAAGGAAGUUUUUAAGACUGAAUGGGUAAUGAUUACUGGUGCUAGUUCCGGAGUUGGAAGGCAAUUAGCUUACAUGUGUGCUAAUCAAGGUCUCAACAUUGUUGCGAUUGGAAGAUCAAAUGAAAAGUUAACCAAAAUGGCUAUCGAUUUGGCGCCAAAAAAUAUUAAGUUUAGAUAUCAUGCAGUUGAUCUUGCAGAUUUAGAUGCUCCAAAGAGAAUUUUCGAGACAAAUAAAGAUAUUAAAAUAGGGUGUUUAUUCAUUUGCCAUGGAUUUAAUAAUGUUGGACGUAUUACCGAUAAGAGUUCUGACGAUAUCCGACACGAUCUGAACGCUAUGACAACGUCAAAUAUUUUAUUAACUAAAUUGUUUGGAAAUCAAACAGAUUUCGGAACAGUUACUUAUAUAUCAGCUAUAAAUGCAGACAAUCAUGUAUCUUAUGCAUCAAUUUACGGCGCUUCCAAGAGGUUCAUUAACCAUUUCGCAGAACACAUGCAGUCAGAAGGCUAUUUCCACAAUAUUACUUUUCAAGCCAUUUGCCCA